GUUCUAUGCUAAAAAAUAUGGUGGUCGACGUCGUUUCUCGGGCAGUGUUUUCAUAAUUUCAUUUUAAAUUAGUAGUCUCAUUAAUAUAAAUAAAAUUUGCGAUGGCAGAGGCCGCAGUAGAAGACAGACCGACCCAAAAGUUUUACUGUCAUAGGUGUAAUAAUUAUUUUACGAAUGCAUCAGCGAAUUUCACGUGCCCCCAUUGCUCCGAUGGCUUUAUCGAAGAACUCCAGGACACCCCCGAUAACACAGACUACGAUAACUACGAGAUGAUCGACGUAGAGGAUUCGGAGGGAACGGACCAAAUUAUGCAUGAUCUGAUGAGUAAUUUACCUUUGCACUUAAUGGAGGAGCGCAGAACGAGGACGAGGUCCGAAGGAGGUCACCCGAUGGUGAGCUCCGGCAAUGGGAGAAGGUACGCUAAUCGUGCCAGGAUAGGUAGACCCAGAACUCUCACGAGAAUAGCAUCUGCUAAUUUGAGGCAACACCAGCAUAUUCCGUUUGAAAAUAUAAUACAAGACUUCAUCCUUAACCUUGGAGUGGGUGUUAAUUGGGGUACCACCGGUAAUAUGCAGCUGUUUUUAGGCAAUCCCGGCGAUUAUGCAUGGGGCAGGGAAGGAUUAGAUGCUAUCGUAACACAAUUAUUGAAUCAAAUGGAAAGUACAGGACCACCUCCUGUAUCGAAAGAGAUAAUAGACGCCCUUCCUGUGGUCGAAGUGACCGAUGAACAAGUUUCAGCGAAAUUGCAGUGUUCUGUAUGCUGGGAAGAUUUUCAAUCGAGAGAGAACGUUCGCCAGUUGCCAUGUUUGCACAUCUAUCACGAACCGUGCAUACGCCCUUGGCUAGAACUACACGGAACUUGUCCUAUUUGUAGACAGAAUUUAGGCAGUAAUGAACAAAGGAAUAGUGACAAUAAUCAAGAUUCAAGUGGAAAUACUGAUAAUGCAGUGGACAUCCCGUAUAACAUCCUGCGAAGCCUCUUCAAUUCGCAAUCUAGUAGUUCUUCAAAUAGUUCCAGUUCAGGCUCAUUCGAAAACUCCGGCAUGAGGACGAGGUCGAGAUCACAGAGUGACUCAACGAUGUAAUUUCUACGUUUUAGAAUUACUCUCAUAAUAAUAAUAAAUUUAUUCAAAAAAAGAUUAACUGCGUUAUUUUGGUAUUAUAAUGAUUAUAAUAUACGAAGGAAAUUCAAUUUAGAAGUGCCAGCCUAGCUGAUUAUUGCUCGCUCAGGUUGUGAAUAUUUUUGAUUAUCUUAUAGUGCAUACAAACUUGUAAACGACUGAUUUAUAUGAAGCAUUUAAUUUAAAAAAAGUUAUAAUUUCGAUGCAUCUUAUUUAUUUAGUGACAUUAACAAGGUCGAGUUAAUUUUUAUUUACAUUAAAGAAUCUGAAAUUCGAGCAUUUAUUACGGGCUGCCAUUUGUUGUAAAAAAAUGUGUCAAAUUCCAGAAUAACGCAGAUCUAAAAAAAUGUGAAAACUACUCUUAAUAUAGGUAAACGCUUGCUUUAAAAUUAUGUAUAAUAUAAAAGUACUAUUUAAUUACAUCUAUUCCUUAUGGCACUUUUACCGAGGAUGGCGUAUUCGUAAAGGAGUAGAUUGAAACGUUUUUCUACUUUAUAAUGUUGGUAAAAAGUUAGAAGGCAUUUGAUCAUUUGCUGAAGUGUUAAUUAGAUUAAUAUUUCGAGGAUUUCUUGCAGUAUUUUUGAUUUAGAAAUCGUUUUUGAGGUUUUUCGCGAAUCACGUUUGAAUUUUUGCUUAAUUUACUCUUUUUUUAUCAAAAAUUUAUUGUUUGGAUAUAUAUCUUGAAAUCGUAGUUUUGAUAAGCGAUUACCUGUUUGUCCAAUUAAAACACAAUCGGAUUCGAUUUUAACAUGAUGAUAAUAACACGACACCUUAUAAAGACUAAUAUAUCUGUUAAUAAUCUAUACCUACUUUAAUAUCAUAAGAUGUAGAUGCUUAUAAUUCCAAUUAUUGUUCGCAACAUCGAUAUUACGAUAGAAUAUGAUUAUAAUAGCUUUAUCAACUGUGAAAAAAUCAUGUCAUUCUCGACCGUGCCGUAAUAAUUACUGCUUUGUAUUUGCGUUUUUAUUUACACAAAAAUUGUGAUAGCAAAUAAUUUGUUUUCGAGUUUAUUCUAUUUAAAAAAAUCACCCGAAAGUGCAUCACAAAACGGCGAGAAUAUGGUGAAAAUUCAAGAAUUGAUAGUCUAACGAACACCUCUAUAUGUAUGAGUAAUAUUGUUAAAUGACUGAACUAUUAUUCUGGAAUGAUUGUAACUGACUGCAUCAGCCAGUUUGAUGAUACAAUUACCGGCUUGAUAUUUACUGGCGCCAUUCAAAAUCGAAUGAUUCAGUUUAAUUCCGUCUUUUUGCGAUGCGCUUUUCAAAAAUUUCAACUUGAGUUUAUGUCGGACAAUAGUUAUUUAACUUAUUCGUUUCUUGUAAAUUAAUUCAUUGUAUAGACUGGAUGGAUAAACGCUAUGUUAAUUUGA